CCUCAACUCCUAUGUUCCUUCACCCAAAAGCAUUCGCAUUGCCCCAUUCUCUCUCACUCUCUCUCUCUAAAAUGUCUAUCUUGAGCUUCUUCUUAACCAUUGUUCUCUCUCACACUCUCUCUCUAACACUAGAGAGAGAACAACAAUCCCUCUCUCUCCCUCCCUCUCUCUUUCUCUCUAAAAGGUCUAACUUGAGCCUUUUUUAAAUUAUUGUUCUCUCUCACUCUCUCUCUCUAACACUAGAGAGAGAACAACAAUCCAAAACAUGGGAAACGCACUCAGGCUAUUGUACGGACACUGCUGUAAGCCGGCCGCUGACGAAUCCGAUGCGCUCGGCCACCACGGCAUCUCGGCCGCUACCGUCGGUGUCUCCGCCCUUGCCCACGAUCUUUAUCACUAUGAAAUCACUUCCCAGGUUCCUGAAGGACUCAGUAAGCAAGUAGUUUCUUCAAAGAAGGCUCAGGCUAACUGGUAUAAGAAACUUUCAGAGGCAUGGAGAGAAUCAAAGCCUCCACCAAGAACCCCAGAAGAAGCUUCAAGGCUCAUCAUACAGAUAUUGAAGAGAAAUCAAAAGGCUGAUGUUGAGGGUCUAUUGACUUUCUAUGGCCUCCCUCUUCCUCAUACUCUUGUUGAACUCUCUGCUGGACCACCUACUUCACUGCCUGAAGGACUCCAGUUUGAAUUGCAAACUCUACCAGUGGAUGCAAAAGCUGUUGCGGAUGGGGAUACCAUCACAGUGUAUGUGAGCACCAUGGAUCCAAGGGAGUCAUCUUCUGUUCCCAUAGACGUGCAAAUCGCAGCCGUUGAAAGAUCAAAAGCACGUGCUGGGAAGAAUUACGCCAAGGCAGAUGCACUGCAGAAGCAAAUUGUUGAUUCAGGAUAUAGGGUUCUGAAUAUUCAGAGUCAGGAGAUUCUUGCACGCAAGUAUCGGAUUCGACUAAGGGGAAUAGAUGCGCCGGAGAGUGCAAUGCCAUAUGGAAAGGAGGCAAAGGAGGAACUGACCAAGCUUGUUCAGGGCAAGUGUCUGAGAGUUCUUGUCUUUGACCAAGAUCGCUAUGGCCGAUUUGUGGGAGACAUUUAUUGCAAUGGUAUCUUUAUACAGGAAUCAAUGCUGAAGAAAGGAUUGGCAUGGCAUUACAAAGCCUAUGACCGACGUCCAGAACUAGAGAAGUGGGAGAAAGAGGCUCGGGCAAAGCGAGUAGGCUUGUGGGCUUCGUCAAACCCUGAGAUGCCGUGGGAAUGGAGAAAGGACCGGCGGGAAGGCAGAUAACCUGUUGUGGAAAUGGCUACUAGCAGAAUAUGAAAAAACAUCAACAGCUAACAACAGUAUUUAGGAUUUGCCUGUGUUUCUGUUGUAACAUGUAUAUCUGAUUUAAGGACAUAUAUAUAAUUUAUGAACCUGAUUAAAGGGUUGGCAAUUGUUUUUAUAUGAUCAUGAAAACCAGUCAUGUCAAAGCACAAA